AUGGAGAACGCGAUGAUCGGGGGUGGGGGGCGGGUGCGCGUGCGCGAGGCGAUGACGCGCGGACGAGGUGGGGUGGUGGGCGAGGACGGCGACGCGGAGGACGGGCGGGACGUGGUGGCGCGGGCGAACGCGCGGGCGAGACGGGACAUUCGGGACGUGAUCACGCCGAUGUGGCGCGCGUCGUACGGGGAACAGUUGUGCGCGAAGAAAGAAAUCGUCGCGGAAUCGCUGCGGGAGAUCACGCGGGGGGUGCGAAACGCGUGUGAUAAGGCGAGGAAGGCUGGUAUGGCGGCGACGUGCGAUUGGCUGCGGGACGCGCUCGGGCGAGAUAAGCUGUGCUGCGAGAUCGAGGGCAUCGUGCGCUCGCCGGUGUUGGAUGGAUACAGAAAUAAGAGUGAGUUCACGAUCGGGCCGAGCGCCGACGGGGAGAUCACGUGCGGGUUCAACGUUGGGUCGUUCCGAGACGGCGUCGUCGCCGUCGCGCCGCCCGUCGGAUGCAGGAACAUUAGCGAGACGGCGAAAUAUCUGGGAGAUGCGACGCAGACGUACCUACGCGAGCGCGCGACGGCUGGUGAGGGAUUGCCCGUGUACGAUAAACGCACAGCCACGGGAUUUUGGCGGUUGUUCCUGUGCAGAGAAGGUGGCACGGCGCCCUCGAGCGAGCACGGAUGGAGGCACUGGUUGCGUCCGGGAACGGGUCCUCCGAAGCCGCCGACGGGAGAGAACGGUGAGCCCGCGGAGACGGAAAACGUCGAACCGUUCGAGUAUCCGGAUGAAGAAGCGUCUCUUCCCGCGCCGACGACGAAGGAUGAAAAAUCUGAAGUCAUGGUUAUGUUUCAAGUGCGACGAAGCGGUUACACAGAGGAACAAAUCCGAGAGGAGUGCGACGGAGCUCGCGACGCCGUGUUAGAAGCCGCGGCGAAGGCGACGCCGCCGAUCAACGUCAAAGUCAUAGUCGUGCAGUUUUACGACGGCGUGUCAAACGUCGCUCCGGACGACGCGGAGAUACGAGACAUGAGGACGUUUGAGACGAGCGAGAAAUCGAGCGACGUCAUCCACGAGCGAAUGUGUGGAUUGGAGUUCUCUCUGUCAGCGACGGCGUUCUUUCAAGUGAACACGCUCGCCGCGGAGGCGCUGUAUCGUCUCGCGGGCGAAUGGGCGAGUCCGAAUGGUAAGAGCUUGCUCUUGGACGUGUGCUGCGGUACCGGGACGAUUGGAAUGACGCUCGCCGGAAACGUCAAAAAAGUCGUAGGCGUCGACAUCGUGGAGGAGUCCAUCAAGGACGCGUUCGUGAACGCGCAGCUCAACGGCGUGACGAACACCGAUUGGCUCGCCGGUAAAGCCGAGGUCGUCAUCCCAAAGGUGUUGCGGGAGUACAAUUCGCGCAUCAGGCCAGUCGUUGACGCGCCGAAAAUAGGCACCAAGCGCAAAGCGACGUCGAACGACCCCGAACUGAGCGACGGCUCGGACGACGAGGCCGCGAUACAAGCCGCGGUGACGACCAUCAUCGACGAAAAUGAGUACGAGUUCGACGACGUCGUCGCCAUAGUCGACCCUCCUCGCGGCGGUUUGCAUAGAAGCGUCCUCACCGCCUUGCGACGAGAGAAGCGUCUCAAGCGUCUCGUGUACGUCUCGUGCAACUCGUCGACGAUGGCCAAGAACGUCAUCGACCUGUGCGCGCCUCAGGGAUACGACGGCAACGGCGGUGGCGCGCCCUUCGCACCCGUCAAAGCCAUCGCGUUGGAUCUCUUCCCGCACACCGCGCACGUCGAAGCGAUUGUAUUACUCGAACGAUGA